AUGCGUGUACUCGAUCCCAACUUCAUGCUCGCCAGCAGCGCCGCUGCUCUUCUCAUCCUUGUUGCUGUCUUCGCAGCCAAAGCAUACUCAAGACGUGGCAGAUACAAGUUUCCUCCAAGCCCUCCAGGUCGGCUGCCAAUCAUUGGCCAUAAUCACCUGUUUCCCAAGCAGUUUACCGGAGACAAGGCCAAAGAAUGGGGUUGUGAGAUGAUGCAUCUCCGGCUCGGUGGCACGGACUGGGUAUUCCUCAACUCUUCCAGAGCUGUGGAAGAUCUCCUAGAGAGGAGAUCGAGCAUUUAUUCCAGCCGGCCGGUCUUUGCAAUGGUUGGCGAGGUCAUGUCUCACGGCAAGAGACCUGUCCUUCAACCUUACGGAGAGCGGUGGAGAAAGGUUCGGAAAUUGAUGCAUCAGUUGCUAACGGGCAAGUGUGCGGAUACGUACAAGCCAAUGCAGCUGCAAGAGUCACAACUGAUGCUCUUGGAGAUGCUGCAGUCGCCGGACAAGUGGCAUCUCCAUACCAUCCGGUUUGCUGCUUCCUUCACGGUGAACAUGGUCUAUGGCCAGCGGUUGCUGGGGAGAUCUGAGAUGUUCGACAGGGUUUCCGAUGCGCAGGACGAGUUUCUGCGGAACAAUAUCCCCGGCCAGUGGCUCGUCGAUACCUACCCGCAGCUUCGGCAGAUCAUCCCCACGUUUCUCCAGUGGUGGCGCCCAUACGGCAACAGGGUGUUUGGGUACACGCGAGACGCCUUCAAAGCCUAUUACGACCUCAUGCAGGAAAAUAUCCGGAAGGGUAUCCAGGAGGAGUGUUUUGCGACGGGCUUCUAUCGCGACGAGAACAAGGACGACGAGGUCUUCGACUUCGACCAGAAAUUGUUCGCCACGGGCGGACUGAUUGAAGCCGGAAGCGACACGACCAAGAACCAGCUGAACAUGGUGAUUGCGGCAAUGGCGGCGGACCCCAACACGUGGGUUGCCAAAGCCCGCAAGGAGCUGGAUGACGUGUGUGGCCACAACGCCGAACGCCUGCCCACCUUUGACGACUGGGACAGGCUGCCUUACAUCCAAGCCAUCAUGAAGGAGGGAAUGCGGUGGCGGCCCAAUGUCAAUCCAACCGGCUUUCCGCAUGCUCUCAUCAAAGACGACGAAUAUGAAGGCUACCGCCUGCCGGCCGGCACGGUCGUGACCAUCAACAACUGGGCCAUCUCUCUGAAUCCAGACGAGUACGAAAAUCCGGAGAAGUUUGAUCCAGACCGGUUCCUCAACAAGGACUUGUGGAAUCCCCUAAAGGGCCAUUAUGGCUACGGAGCAGGGCGCCGUGCCUGCGCCGGCUUCCGCGUUGCUUCGAACUCGAUGUUUAUCUUUUUGAGUAGAUUCAUCUAUUCUUUCGAUGUUGAAGAAGAUCCGGGUUGCCCCAUCGACACCUAUCACAUCCCCCUGACGCCACCUCCCGGCAAGGGGAAUGACCCACCGUUCGUAGCGAAGGUCAAAGUAAGGAGCGAGGCACAUAGGCAACUCAUCCUCCGGCAUUGUUCGGAUUCCAUGGAAAAAUAA